AUGAAGUUCAACUUUGCUCUUGGCCUCGCGGCCGCCCUUUACCUGGCUCCCAAUGCUGUCGCCUGGCGUCUGCCUGGACUUGAGAAGCGUCAGGACGCUACCCCGACUUCUCAGAUCGUCUCUGGCUCUGAGCCUACUGGCACUUUCCCGUCCAGCUUCCCAUCCGGCAGCGUUGGCGGCGGUGAGGGUCAGGGUGGCUCAGGCGGUGCAUUCCCCUCCAGUGGUGCCCAACCUUCCGGUGCCUUUGGAGGCUCUGGUGGCCAUGGUCACGGCUCUGGUAGCCAUCGGCCUGGUCCCCGUCCCACUGGUGCUGCUCCAUCGGGUAGCGUCAGUGGUGGCGAGGGCGGUGCAUCCCCCUCUGGCACUGCACAGUCGGGUGGUGGUCACGGCGGCCACGGCGGCUACGGAGGCCAAGGUGGUGGUCAGUCCAGCUUUGUGACCAUCCCUGCCGGCCCUACCGCUACUCCUGAGGCCAGCUCCCAGGGCAAGGGCGAGUCCUCUGAGAGCUCUGAGGGUGAGCAGGAUCAGCGCAUCCACGCUCGUCACUUCCGUGCCUAUUAG